AUGAGCGCACUCACCACUGAUCUAGUGCAGCCUUCGUCCUCAUUUGCCCCCAGUCAGCCGAUAUCUGCUCCGAAAAAGGGCAGAACACGGCAAUCUGGCACGGCAUGGACUCGUUCGGGAUGUUUGACCUGCAAAAAACGACGCAAAGCUUGCGAUAAGACGAAGCCGAGUUGUAACAAUUGUCUCAAGCAAGGCCGGACAUGUGAGGGCUAUGGCUCUAUGUGGGUAGAGCCACUGGGCCCCUCGGCGAAUGUAUUCUCACAGAAUGAAUCACCAAAGCGUCGAAGGCUUAGUCCGUCAUCGCCUCAAUUGCCUUCGCCUGCACUGUCACCGUCAUCAGAUGUAUGGCUUGAAACACAUUCAUCGCCUGGGACAGUAAAUUCCUUGGCUUGGUCUACGCCAUCAUCAGCAUCGCCGGGGUAUCGGCUAACUGGAGUAAAUGACCACUAUAUCCUGGAUAUAGAAGAGCAAAAUCCGGACCAAGCUCCGAACGCCGUGGCAGUGAUUCCUCGGCCUCAAGGAGUCAUCAACCAUCUCUCCACUCACGAAAGUCACUAUCUCCAAUAUCAUAUGGAGCAAGCGUCUCGGCUAUUAGCGAACCUAGAGAGUGGCGACAACCCUUUGCGUUCGUUGUUGAUUCCAAUGGCAAUGUCAUCUCCUCUGCUGAUGAAAGCCGUUUGUGCCGUCUCCGCGCUGCACUUAGCAAACAGAUCCCAAGGCUUUGGUGCACACACCGCUGCGGUAAACUAUUAUAGUGGAACUCUUAGUGGACUCCGAUCAGUACUGGUCAAGUGUUCAACAGAGGUUUUCCCCGACGAUGCCCUACUAGCAGUCGGUCUCCUCUGCAAAUACGAGAUCGUCCGCGGCAGCAUCAAGCAGUGGGUUGUCCAUCUUAAUGCAUUACAGCGCUUGAUCGUCUCCCGUGGUGGCUUUGCUUCGAUGGAUCGAGCCGCAGCGGAAUUUCUACGUGGACUAUUUGUCUACGCCUAUAACAUGGCCCAAAUCAGUAAUCAAAACUGCAAUACGACUAUUGACGUCACUGUAAAUAGUGAUAUUGGCAUCCCAAAAUUGGAUAUCUACAUCGGCUACACCGAGGAGAUCCUCAAAUUAUGCGCACGCAUCGCAGAGCUACCCUCUCUAAAAGAUGACACCUUGGCUCUCCGCCUCAGUGUCGCAACUAUAAACGAGUCCCUCCUCACCUGGUCCCAUACCUCAACCCCCUACAUAAUCCCCCAGGGCAUAUCGUCAGCAACCCUAACACGCCUCCAACUGGUAGCCGAAUGUUUCCGUGAUGCAGCUUUCGUUUACCUCCAUUCAAUAAUGGAACGAAUAGACAGAGACCAUCUCAACACGCCUAUCACCACACCCACCACCUCAGCCCCAAAUAACCCCAUUGAUUCAGCAUCCCUCGAAUCCCUAUCCCUCUCAGCACAGGACUGGCUCCCUCUGAUCUCAACACCAAAAUCCCUCGCCGUCCAUCGCUGUCUCACCCGUGUGGAGGCCUUCCCAUUAGAUGACCACUGCGAGUAUUCAGCUCUUACAUUUCCGCUUUUCAUUUCCGGCUGUGAGAGCGAGCACAUCGAAGAUCGAGAAGUCGUUCUUCGCUCAUUGGGUAAAUUGCAAGAAAAUUUCGGUAUCGGCAAUGUCCGGCGUGCGAAGGAUUUAUUGGGGAUUCUGUGGGCGAGACGAGAUGCUGAUCGUAAUGUUGAUGUUACCGGCACUGGAAACAGCUGGAAAGUGCAUUGGUUGGAUAUUGUUGAGGAGCUAGGAUGGGAGCUUAUUCUUGCAUAG